AUGAUCUUAGCUAGCAGAUCUUUUGAUAACGAAAUAUUAUAUUCACCUCCAAAUCAGAUGGAUCAUGCUCUUACUUACUACAUAGAGCAAUCUUCAUUAAAUAAUUUGAUUGAACCAACUGCUAAGAGCAUUGCAAAUGAUCCGACAGAUGUUGCAAUCGAAUCUAUAUCUAAUACCGCGCUUGAAGUUUACAAACAACUUGAAUUAGGAGAAGGAAUUCCAAGAACUUUGAUUUUCCUUGGUUUAUCUCGAUAUUUAUUUGAUGUUGCUUAUUCAUAUGAUAAGAUCUUAUCAUAUGACAAGCAAUGGUCCCAAAUUUUCCAAGAAAAAUGCGAAGAAUAUUCAAAACAAAGAGUUAGGGACUUAAAGCUCUCAAAAGAUGUGAUUGAAGGAUAUACACCAGGGUUAUCGCUUUCCAGUAUGUUUAAAGGCAAAAGAAUUAAUUCUUUGCUACCAUUAGAAUUUAUGACGAACCCAAUCGACAUGAUGAACUAUGUUCACUCGGUUCUUCAACAACUUGGUACAUACUUCAGUAAAGGAAAGUCAAUGUCCUUUGAUGAUACUUUUACUUUGUUAAUGGCGCAUAUGUCAAUUGCACCACCAGUAAACGGUGCUGCUAUUGCGAGAUUUGCCAUAAAAUGGGAUGAUUUACAGCUAUCUCCCAUUGUUGCAAUGUCUAAAAACUAUUUUGUUGCAGCAAUUGAAGCAUUGAUGGGAACAAACGAUUGGCAAAAUGAUAUAUAA